UACCCUCUGUGCCCGGUGUUCGAUUUCGGGGUGUUGUAAACUGAAAACCUGAUUUCUUAGUUUGAUUCGUUUUCACAACGAUUUGAGUUGUUACUGAAAGUUGUACUGCAAAUGUGCUGAACAUGGUGUAACAACCCCUUGGGCUUGAUGAACUGAAGAUCUAGAAAUAUUUUCUUAACCAUGGCUGGUGACAGGAAAGAACAGCGUCGCAGCAGAAGUCGUGAAAGGACUGACAAAGUUGAUAGAGUCAAAGAAAGGGACCGUGAAAAGGAGAAAGACAGAGAUAGGAAAGAUAGAGAGGCCAGAGACAGGGAGAGGGACAAACCUCGAAGAAGUCGUAGUAGGUCCCGUGACAGAGUACGUGAUAAAGAAGAUGUGAGAAAGCGAUCUCGCAGCCGCAGCAGGGAUAGAGACAGAAUCAGGGAUGCUCGAGAUAACAAGGAUACUAGGGAUAGAGACAAAAAUCGCCCUCGUGAUCGAAAACCAUCUCCUGGUAAGGAUGUGAAAAAGGAACUUAAAAAAGAGGAUUCUGAGAAAGAUCCCAAAAAAGAAAUAGAAGAGGAAGAAACUAAACCUGUACGAAAAGAACCUUUGUCUUUAGAAGAGUUAUUAGCCAAGAAAAAAGCUGAAGAGGAGGCUCGCAACAGGCCAAAAUUCUUAACAAAGGAGGAACGUGCUGCUGAGGCCCUCCGUAAAAGGCAAGAGGAAGCUGAUGAAAUACGAAAGAGGCAAGAAGAGGAAAGACAAAAGCGCCUUGAGUUCAGCAAGUUAGUGCAAGAAGGUGGUGCACCUUCUGCUCCAAACUCUUUUGUACCACCUCCUCACCGUGGUCGUUAUGAUGAUAGAGAUAGGCAGCGGGAUGAUGACAGGGGAAGAUUUGGUGAUAGACCCAGGUAUGGUGACAGAGGCCGAGAUCGAAAUCGAAAUGAUCACGACCGUGGCCGAGACAGAGAUCAGAGAGAUAGAGAUGGGCGUAGAGGUGACAGAGAUGAUGAUGGUGUACCAUCAACAAAAGAUCGAGAGAAGGAGCAAGAAGCUAUCAAAGAGCGCUAUCUUGGAUUGAUGAAGAAAAAGAGGAGAGUUAGACGGCUUAAUGACAGAAAAUUUGUGUUUGACUGGGAUGCAUCUGAGGACACUUCUGUUGAUUACAACAAUAUUUACAAGGAGCGUCAUCAGGUUCAAUUCUUUGGAAGAGGCAAUGUAGCUGGUAUUGAUAUUAAGGCACAGAAAAGAGAUCAAUCAAAGUUCUAUGGUGAACUGUUGGAAAAGAGGCGAACAGAGGCAGAAAAGGAACAGGAGAAAGUAAGGUUGAAAAAGGUGAAAAAGCGAGAAGACAAGCAGCGUUGGGAUGACCGCCACUGGUCUGAUAAGGCUUGUGAUGAAAUGACCGAGAGAGAUUGGCGUAUAUUCAGGGAAGAUUACAAUAUUACUAUCAAAGGCGGACGUAUCCCAGAUCCUAUUCGUAGCUGGAAAGAGUCCACAAUCCCACCUGAAAUUCUUGAAAUCAUUGAUAAGGUGGGAUACAAGGAUCCUACCCCCAUCCAGCGUCAAGCUAUCACUAUUGGUCUGCAGAACAGAGACAUUAUUGGUGUUGCUGAGACUGGUUCCGGUAAAACAUUAGCCUUUCUCAUUCCCCUGCUCAUGUGGAUUCAAUCUCUUCCCAAAAUUGAGCGAAUGGAAGAUGCUGAUCAA